GCAGUGUCAACAGAGCGCCGCCCCGCGCGGCCCGCUGAGGACGGGUCCCUUCUCUUUCUAUCGCCUUGGAUCGCAUCCCGACCCCCCGCCGCCCGGUGCGGGUACCGGGGGUCGGGGGUCCGCGUCGCAGUCUGUUUCUAUGUUUGGGUGAGUUACCAAACACCGAGCAGGCGAGCGUUAGCUUCUAUCCACUAGCCUCUUCAUGCUUAGCUAAACAAACAUUGCACCAAAAGGUUUUCCACAAAGCGGCGGAGCCUCGGCGGCCGGUUACCGGAGACUUGACCGCACCCCGCCGCCCGACACGGUCCUCAGCGCCCCGGACACUUAUUUACUGCUACUUCUGGAUGGAGGGAAUGGAAAAUCCCUUUCAAUUGUCUUUUUUCCUUUCCAUCCCCAUUUCCACAUCGGUCUUGUUGCUAGGGAACAGGAAAUGUGCAGCACUGAAAUCCUUCCCCGGCGUAGCGCUGAUCAAAUAGACCCGAGGAGCACAAUCAAAUAUAUAAACAUUAAUUAAAAAACACCUCACAGGCACCAGCUACUGACCCCGGCCACUGACACAGACUACCGUCCGUCCAUUUACAAGAGUAAAAAGCGCGUCAGCAGCUCGUUAAAUAACUUAAAUAGUAGUUUACCGGCAUUUACAGGUCAUUUAAAUGACUUGAAAUGAGGGUGCAAGGAGAAAGCCACAUACCUUCUUCUGAGGAAUCCACUUCAAUGUUAUUGCUUUUCUUUAAUCCGUUGGGACUGCUUACUUGAGUGCAGCCCACUUCUCUGGUCCCCAGUGCCUCAGCCUGCCGCGGUGCCAUCAGAGGCUGCGAGUUGAACGCCCGGCAGGCGGCGUCCCCAUGGUCCUAACGCCGGCGCUCUCUUUCCAAGCGACACCUAACGCAGUAUAGUAACAUUCUCAUUCACUGGGAUUUUAGAGCAUCAAGGAUUUAUCGGCAACCAAUUUAAAAACACGGCGACAGAGUUUCAAAACAUCUACAAUAAACGACCAUGGCAUCACCACAGCCUGGAAGCCAACCAGUUCCAGAGCAAUACACCCCUCCUUCCACAGAGAGUGAGGAGGGUCACCAUAGUAACGAGCCGCUCAGCAAGGAGCCGCUCCCGAAGGAGCCGCUCACUAAGAAGCGGGGAAGGGGCCGUCCCCCAAAGCCCAAACCCUCGUUCAAAUGCACGGUGUGCCAGGAGGCGUUGAGGAGUCCCUCCGCCCUGCGCAGCCACAAACUCUCCGCCCACGGCAAGGCGCCGCCGCCGCCCCCCGGGCACGCCUGCGCCCAGUGCGCUAAGACGUUCCCCAGCAAGGCCCAGCUCGCCAAGCACCAGCGCUCGCACGCAGCGCAGCGGCCCUACCAGUGCCCCGACUGCCACAAGGCCUACAAGACGCCCACGGAGCUGAGGAACCACUCCCGCUCCCACAGCGGGGAGAAGCCCUUCAUCUGCACCGAGUGCGGCAAGGCCUUCAUGCAGGCCAUCUGCCUGAGGAUCCACAUGACACAGCACAGCGGCGAGAGGCCCUUCCCCUGCCCGCAGUGCUCCAAGAGCUACCCCAUGCUGUCCAAGCUCAAGGUCCACCUGCGCUCCCACACCGGCGAGAAGCCGUAUUUCUGCGCCGAAUGCGGCAAGAGCUUCGCCGACCCCUCCGUGUUCAGGAAGCACCGGCGCAACCACCAAGGCCAUCGGCCGUACGUGUGCGAGGAGUGCGGCAAGUCGUACACGGAGCUGAAGGACCUGAAGAACCACGAGCGCUCACACACCGGGGAGAAGCCCUACCUGUGCUCGGACUGCGGGAAGGCCUUCUCCCGCUCGUCCUCGCUGGCCUGCCACCAGCGCAUCCACUCCCAGAGCAAGCCCUACCAGUGCGAGCAGUGUGGGAAGGGCUUCACCCAGCUGUCUUCCUACCAGUCCCACCUGCGCACUCAUUCGGGGGAGAAGCCCUUCCUCUGCCCGCAGUGCGGCAAGAUGUUCUCCGACCCGUCCAGCUUCCGCCGCCACCAGAGGGCCCACCUGGGCUUCAAGCCCUACCCGUGUGACAAGUGCUCCAAGCGGUUCCGCCAGCCGGCCGACCUGGCCGUGCACGAGCGUGUGCACUCUGGCGAGCGGCCCUACAAGUGCCAGAGCUGCGACAAGGCCUUCGUGGCGUCCUGGGACCUGCGGCGCCACCUGCUGGUGCACACAGGGCUGCGGCCCUUCUCCUGCACUGAGUGCGACAAGUCGUUCGCCGAGCGCUCCAGCCUCAACAAGCACCGGCGCGUGCACUCGGGCGAGCGCCCCUUUAAGUGCGCCAAAUGCUUCAAGUCGUUUGUCGUGUCGUCCAGCCUGCGUAAGCACGAGAGGACUCACCUCGCCGAGCGACCGCCGCCAGAGACGGGGGCCCGCUCCCCCCCGCCCCCCGGCCCCCCCACCGCCCCGCCCCGGUUCACCUGUACCCGCUGCGACGCCGCCUUCGGCAGCUGGGAGGAGGCGCAGGCCCACGAGGGCUCCCACACCCCCCCCUCCGCCAAGACGGGGGGCUCGCACGCCUGUGAGACCUGCCAGGCGGAGUUUACCCAGCUGGCCGACCUGCAGGAGCACGAGAAGCAGCACCUCAAGGCCAGGGCCCACGUCUGCAGCAGCUGUGGGAAGGGCUUCCUCAACAAGGCCGGGCUGCGCAAACACCAGAAGAUCCACUCCAACAGCAGGCCGCACAGCUGCCACCAAUGUGGCAAAACCUUCUUGUUUGCCGCCUACCUUCGCAAGCACUUGAAAACACACCCCGAUCCCAACAUGGCAACCCAAUCCAGGGAGAACCAUCCCAUUCAGCACACAGACCCCCUCCCCCCGCCAUCCCCCCCCAUGGAGGGCCCGCCAAGCCCCAACACAGGGGAGCCCAGUGCUGGGACCAGUGCCGUAACCAGUGGCCUAUCGUUAGCGGUGCCGGGGGCCGCGUUCCAGGCCCUGCCAGAGUGCCUGAUAAAGGAGGAGGAUCACUAAACAUAUUUUGUUACUAUUCCGCUUUACAUUCUUUAGAUAUUAAACCAGCACUAUGAAACUUUUGGCAUGGAGCUUAUUAAUGCAUUUAAAAAAUAUCUGAACUUCAAUGUUUCUCAAGAAUUGAACAGGCCAUUCCACCAUCCACCAUUCUCUGUUCAUGGUUCACUGGUCACCGUUGGUCCCCUCGCCAUACCUCUGGCUCCAGCUCCAGCCACUAAUGGAAAGAGCAUUCAUAGUGCAGGUUUAAGGUCAUGCAUGACCCAAAAAGAUGCUUUUUAAAUCAAAAGUUAUGGACUAUUUAUCUAAGUCGUCACACUCUGUUAAUCACAACAUUGUUCGGUUUUUUAUACCGUGUAUUGUCAUGCGAUUUGAAAGAUGUAAUUCAUGACUUGUCUUAAUGCUUUUUAAUGCAAGACAAGAGCUUUGUAACUUGGUAUUGUUAUACAGUCUUAUGUCCUAAUCAUGCUAUACUACUGUAAUAAUACAUGUUACAGCGCAAGAUCAAAUGGGUGUUUCAUUCCUCUGUACUUGUCCAUUUCAAAGUAAAGACACUUUUACUCGUUCUUUAACUUUUAUUGAGGUAAUGUUUGCCAGGAUUGGGAUCAGAAUACUAAAAGUACAUUAGGAGGGGGCUCCAUUUGGGAUUAAUUAUAUAAUGGUGAUUAUGGGGACAAUAGUUAUCCAACUAGUUUGUGUUAAUUGGCACAUGGUUUGGGUGUGUAAUUGCAAACUUGAACAGAUUACUAAACACUCAUUCAAACAUAAGCACAUUCCUGUUUAAUUCAACCGGCAGUUUGGCAGUAAAGGUCACAGUUGGAAUAUUUCUGAUACAUUUGUCACAAGAUUAAUUUAUAAAAUAGACUGUGUUGUUUACAAACUGAAAUUAGGAGAAAGGGUUGGAGUAAUCCAAAUAAGUAAAGAUGAGGAAUUCGAUAUGCAGUUAUCCAAAUAAGGAAUAAAGAAGGUAUCUUGCUAUAAAAUAUAUUUUUAGGACCUCUACACGAACCGAAGCCCGCCACGGCUGGACCGUGUGCUCAGCGUCCCAGCUCUGAAUGAAUGUAUACAGGAAGUUAGUGUUUACGCAUGGCCAAUGUAAACACGGUCCUCCUGAUAAAUAAGCCACACUUACUUGUCAAGAAUUUGCUUUAUAUGUUUUGUUAACUUCCUCUCGGAAAGAUUUACAACAUA